AUGGACCCUCAUCCAGGACCGGCGUCCCUCACGCUGUCGCCUCAGUCUCCUCCACUCCCGAAUUCAUCGUCCAUCUUCCGCCCCCGCCGGUCGGAAGACUGGCAGAACUACCGCGAGACGAUCGAGCAACUCUACCGAAACGACCAGCUGAAACUGCGCGAUGUGAAACGCAUCAUGGAGCGGGAUUACAAUUUCUACGCCUCAGAAAAACAGUAUAAAGACCGCUUCGCCGAGUGGAAUCUCCGCAAGAACCUGAAACAGAAAGAAGUCCACGUCAUGCUCCGCAAGCAAAAGAGGCGCGCCGCCCAGGGCAAGCAGACGGCUUUUCGGCUGCACGGUCAAGUCGUCGACAAGAAGCGCAUCACUAGAUUCGGCCGUCGGUACCCGGAUGUGUGGAAUCAUGUGCAAAAGACACCCGCCGAGAAGCUGAGUCCAGAGCCGGAAACCCCGUCUGAUAUGACAUAUUUCACCCCUGAACCAGCGGAGGAGUCGUCAGCGCCCAUCUCCCCAAUGACCGAGAUGCACUCGCCCACUCCUCGGGAGAUGGGAUCGUACCCGUAUCUACCAACCCAACCCCGUCUUGACUCCCUUCCCGACCAGUUCAUGGGCGACGACCAAAGCCUCCCACCACUAUCCAUGCACCCAUCCCGCCGUUCUUAUCCUUCAUUGCUCCAAACAUCACAACCGCCAGUAGCGGCUCCACGAACGCCAACAGCAGCAGCGGCACUCGGUUCCGACGAGGAUGCCGAGGGCGAACCCGAGACACAUCCCGAAGAAUGGAAUCGGCUUGAAUCAUUCCAGACUCGUCUCGAGGGCCUCCAACAAACUCUCGACCUAACCAUGUCCAAAUGGGCACGCGAGAACGAUCCCAACCAUGAAUUCGGCCAUAACGGCCAUAACGGCCACGAGGGACUGGGAAUGUGA